AUGAGCACCAAUUGCCCUCGCAACAACAAGCACACCACUAACCUUGACAAAGACUAUCCAGGUCAGGGCAUCGAGAUCAAGACCUUCAAGGAGUUUGUGGGUGUCAAGAUCAUUGGUGCCACCGAAGGUUCCUUUGGAAAUUUCAUUGGUAUCACCAGUUACUUCAGGACUCGAAACGCCUAUGCCCAUGGUGGUAGUACUGUCUUGCACGCCUUCAAUGAGCUUGGACUUGAGUGGCAAGUCUUGCCAUCCGAUGGCAAGUUGUUCCAUGAGAUUGCCAAACCUCAGUUCCCAGAGUUGUGCUACCUUCCUGAAGAUCCACGUGGUGAACAUGCCCGUCGCUUGACAGAAUCGCACAUCUCCAGAGAAGCUGCCAAAGCUGCUUGCGCCGGCCACAAGGAUGAGUUCGAUCUCAAGGGAUGCGUUUGUGUUAAUAUAUGUAGGCAACUACUAGGUCGUCGUCGUGACUUGGCAGUUUAA